CAACGUAACUUAAUUUAGGAGUGUGGAUAAUUAAAACGGGCUCCGUAAUGGAAGGCACACACACCGUGCUGCGUCUGUACAAACCCAUCCAGGAGCUGUGCUUCAUCAGUCUCUACCUCCCAACGAGGAAGUCCCGAGGUUUCCCACGAGCUGACCAAACCCCUCGUGAAGCCCGGCCUCGGGAUGAGGACGCCAAACAAAGAGGCCAGUAUUACUGCGAGGGGACACAAGGAGCGGUCACACAGCUCCACUGGCUGGCCGCAGAACACCAUCAGCUGCUGACGGACCUCCUGUCUUUAUGCAGCGCCUGCACAGACAGGAUUAAGAUGGGCAACCAGGACGGGAAGCUCCUGGACGGAUAUAGGGAACAUCUCGGAGGUGAUGUCAGCAGCACUUUUUCUCUGUCCCCGGAGCAUAAGAGAGCAGCUUCAAGAGUUCGUAAGCUGAAGAAGCUGGGUUCUCAGAAGAUGGACAGCGCUGAAGAGUUCUUGCAGAGUCGGAUAAAGAAUAAGGUGCAACGUGGAGCGUCUGAGUUUUCUCCGAAAGCACCCGGAACUCCGAUCUCCUUCCAUGGCCGGGAUACUCCAGGGUCAGACUCUUAUGUCAGUGUCUCCAGUGAGCCUUUUCUUUCAAUGGAGGAACACUUCCAGAUCGGCCAGGACGGCUGGGAAUUUAUGGAAGAACCUCAUUCUCUUGAAUCUGAGAUGGAUCUGUCGGAGUUUGAUAACCGACUCACUUUAGAGUACGAUAAAGCACUGGAAAACGGGAAUAUUGUGGGAAACCAACGAGGACCAUCAACCUUCGGAAGUUUGGAAACCAAUCAAAGAGACGUGAGAAGUGAUGAUGUGGCUACAACACAAAACCCUACGGCUUCCAAAGAGAGACUUGUGUCUGGUUCCAGCUUGGAUGUGGAUCACCGCAGCCAGCGAGCUGCACAAGAAGAGAUCAAGCUCUUCACUCCGGUGAACGCCGGGUCAAACUUCUCACCCUCCAACUCUAGAAGCUGUAAGCUUCGUUCCUGGAGCAGAAGCCCCACAUCCAUCUCUCUCUCUGGGGUCUUCAACGUGUCUUAUCCUCCCGCCAACAGUCUCCAGAGCAUGUCUCCUGUCCUGUCGCCUCUGUCUUCUCUCCUUCCGAGUCCCCAGAUGAACCACCGGAUUGUGUUGCUGCCUGAGGAUGAUGAUGGAAAUAAACGCUCCUCGAGAGACGAGCCCAAAGUCACCAACGAGGUCACCGACAAAAACGGCAACCAUCGGACGGUCACACGUCUUGACCUGAACCUCAGCGAUCGUUUCUGUCUGAAUGGAGCCAGUACAUCGAGUGGCACGACCUCAGAAAAAUCUCUGUUGCGUCCGGAGGAUAUCUGGAUGCUGGAUGCGGAUGAAUUCAUUACCCAGGAGGCUUUGCGGCGUCCCAGCAGACCGGAUCACCUGGACUUCCUGAGAAUCACACCGCCGGAGGACGACAUCAUCGGAGACACUCCGUGCAAUCCCAAACUCGGACUGACGUCUGAGGUCACGUCUCCGUCUGACGGUGAGGACCGGACCCCUGGCCGUCUGCAGGCCGUCUGGCCUCCACCUAAAGAGGACGGAGAGGAGAAGGUCGGUCUGCGUUACACUGAAGCCGAGCACCAGGCCGCUCUCCUGCAGCUGAAGAGAGAGUGUAAAGAGGAGCUGGAGAAGCUGCAUGUGAGUGUUCCUGCAGUACUGACAGACAACACCGGAGAUCAUACGCAAGCAUUCUCUCGUCUGGAGUCGCUCAUUCAGUCGCGAUUCAUCAGACGCAUGCAGCGUACAAAACUGUAUAACACCGUCCAGGAGCGCGGCGAGAUGCAGGACGUCUGUGUCUCCACCGAAGACGAGCAGCCGCCCAAAAGCUUCCGCAAUGUGUGCGUCCAGACCGACCGCGAGACCUUCAUCAAAACCCCAGCGGGUGACGGGGCCAGACCAGAGCCGAGCUCCAGCCCGCCCAAAAAACUGGACCUGGACUCCAUCAGCAUGAGUUUGGGUGUGGGUCCAGCACCACCUCCUCUACCCGGUAGCUCCGCCCCUCCUCCUGCUCCGCCCUUACCUGGAUUUGCACAUGCCCCGCCCCCUCCUCCCCCUCGUCCAAAUAGGCCCGCCACCAAGCCCCGCCCCCCACCUGGUAUACCAGGAGCCCCGCCCCUCCUCCACCUCUUCCUGGAGCCCCACCCCCCUCCUCCACCCCCACCUGGGCUACCAGGAGCCCCGCCCCCUCCUCCACCUCUCCCCGGAGCCCCGCCCCCACCAGGUCUACCAGGAGCCCCGCCCCCUCCUCCACCUCUCCCUGGAGCCCCACCCCCCUCCUCCACCCCCACCCGGUCUACCAGGAGCUCCCCCCCUCCUCCACCCAUGCCGGGCUUUGGCGCUCCUCCUCCGCCUCCUGCUCUCGGUGGGUUUGGAUUCGGACAGGUGACGGAGAAAGCGCCGCGUAAACCGGCCGUGGAACCGGCCUGCCCCAUGAAACCGCUCUACUGGAGCCGCAUCCAGAUUCAGGACAACAAUAAUAAUACACUCUGGAGUUCACUGGAAGAGCCUGAUAUCAUAAACACCAAAGAAUUUGAGGAUCUGUUCUCCAAAGCUACUGUCCAGCCCAAGAAGAAGCCGCUGUCAGACACGUACGAGAAGAAGAACAAAGCCAAGAAGAUCAUCAAGCUGCUGGAUGGCAAACGCUCUCAGGCCGUGGGAAUAUUAAUAUCCAGCCUCCACCUGGAGAUGAAGGACAUUCAGCAGGCUGUGCUGACGGUGGAUCAUUCUGUGGUGGAUCUGGAGACCAUCGAAGCUUUAUAUGAGAACAGAGCUCAGCCUGAUGAACUGGAGAAGAUCAGGAAACACUACGAGACGUCUAAAGAAGACGAGGUGAAACUUCUGGAUAAACCGGAACUAUUCCUGUACGAGCUCUCCCAGAUCCCCGACUUCGCCCGCCGCGCGCACUGCAUCAUAUUCCAGUCUGUGUUCGUGGACUCCAUAUCAUCCGUCCAUCAGAAGGUGGAGAUCAUCUCUGCUGUGUGCAAGGCUUUUCUUGAGAAAGAGAGCGUGAAGGACGUGAUCGGCCUCAUCUUGGCCUUUGGGAACUACAUGAACGGUGGAAACCGAACCCGGGGACAGGCCGAUGGAUUCGGUCUGGACAUUCUGCCUAAAUUAAAAGAUGUCAAGAGCAGGGACAAUCGUAUGAGUCUGGUGGAUUAUGUGGUGUCAUACUACCUGAGAAACAUGGACGAGAACGCAGGAACAGAGAAGAGCGUUUUCCCGCUUCCCGAACCUCAGGAUCUCUUCCACGCUGCUCAGGUCAAGUUUGAAGAAAUCACAAAACAAAAUCACAAUCGCAAAUAAAAAAAGGAGCUGACAGCGUGUGUGAAGGAGGUUGAGCAGGUGUGUGAAAACUCCUCUGAGGAACAUCUACAGCCCUUCAAGGACAAGAUGGAGACCUUCGUCAGCACCGCACAAUCGGAGUACGAGACUGAAGACGAGCAGCUGCAGGAGGCACAGAAGAGCUUCCAGGACACGGUGAUGUACUUCGGGCUCAGACCCAAGUCUGGAGAGAAGGAGGUUUCUCCGAACUUCAUCUUCAUGCUGUGGUACGAGUUCUGCAACGAUUUCAAGAGCACCUGGAACCGAGAGAAUAAAAACAUCUCCAAAGAGAGACUGAAAGAAGCUCAGCAAACCGUCCAGAAAAUCACAGCUGAGAAGAAAGUGGAGACGAAGAAGACCAACGAAAACAGUCUGAAAGAGCGACUGCGAAAGAAAGAAGCCGGCUGAAGCAUCAUGAAGAAACAUCAGUGAUAUCUAAUCAGAAGAUGUUUGUACUUGCCUUGGCGUGUCACCACAUUUUCCUUUUGCCAAAAUGAAACUUGAUGAACACCUCUCCUCACUGGUGAAGCCUAUGCAAAUACCAAAUCAUAUCCGUCCAUUGAGGAACGAAUCAUAUUAUUAUCAGCCUACAGUGAGUGUGUAACUACAUCUGAUGAGUCAAAGCCCUGUUUAUUCACAGAAUGAAGGAUUUAUUGAGGAAUGUCAGAAAGUUACUGUAUAUUAUUUCCCUGCUGGUUCACGUGUAAUGAAUUCUGUAAUUUAUCAAGUUAUUUCAGGCCCCAGUGAAACAGUUAGACCUCCUGCAGCAUUAUUACAGUGUCAGGUUUUAUUGACGUUUUCUGUGAUCGUUUAUUAGGUGCAAUAAAUGUUUUGAACAUCAUCAGCAUCUGCAAAAGGAAACGCGAGACUCUCGAAAAAUAUGCGUCUUCUGAUUUCUUUGCAUUCUAUUUUUGUUGUAUUAUUAAAAAUAUUUACAUUUAAGUCACAUUUGAUUUGUUUCAUUUUGAAAGACACAAAAGUAACAAUGCUUUUGAUAGAACUUAAGAGUUCUGGCAAUGCAAUAUUCAUUUCUAAUCAUUAGAGAUUCACUCUGUUCCUCUAAAGUUCCUCUAAAGGAAAAAAAAACAACAACUUGUGAGUUUGUAUAAAGAGAAGUCUUAUUUAACAGUGUUGGAUUUUUACAUGAACUUAUCGUGUUGCAAAUGAUCCAAAAAGCAAAUCAAAAAUGAAAUUUGUUGAAAGUUUCUCAAAGCAGUUCCUGCUUUUAAUUAAAAAGCUUUUGCUCUAAAUUGGCUCGUAAGCUCAGUGCAUAAAACACACGCCGUGAAAUUGAUUUCUGUGCUCAUUUACAAAGCGUUUAAUCGUGUGUUUGUCAGAGAGAGUGAGUUCAGGGGUCAGAAUGUUUCACCUCUUUAUUCAUACCAUCUUCCCACAGGCCUUCAACAUCUUCAUACAAGCACUACAUUAUACACAACAUCUGCACAAAAUGUGUGAACAUGCGCUCUUCACAACUAAACUGCAUAUAAUCUUUAUGACUGAUAUUAUAAAUAGACGAAUAGCAUGAAGAAACUCACAGCAAUCCAGCAGAAAGAUGAAGAACAGUGUCUCGCUCGGUCACAUUAAAUAAAGUCGUUCCACAUAGUGGAAACUAUCAGUCCUAAACGCUCUUAACUCUAGAUUCGGAGAUGAAUGAAGGCAUCUGUCAUCAUUACAGACUCCAUACA